UCUCGCGAGCCCUGCGCGGCGUCGGUCUGGUCGGCUGGAGUCCACACGGGGCGGGGACAGGGCCGCAGGGGGCCGGGAGUUCCUAGCGUGGGUGGGUGUGAUUCUGGAGACAUGCGAGGGGCUGCGAGGGCGGCCGCGAGCGCGGGGACGCACAAGCUGGGGGCCCCGGCGCAGCGAGGCGCUCUCCGCCCUAAGCCCGGGGCGGGCCUAGGCGCGACGGUGGCGUUCCCGGCUUCUCUGGACCGCCGGGGCCGGGGAAGGCCGCGCUCCAGGAACGGCCUCAUUUCUAAGGGCCGGCGGCGAGCGGUGAUGAUGGGGCCUGAGACCAGAGUUCUGCCUUUCAGAGAUGCCGCCCUUCUCCAGCGCAGAAGGCACAAGCAGGAGGCUGCAGCGACAGGGAAUGAAUCGGGAGCCAUGUCCCAGAGCUUGGUGACGUUUGGGGAUGUGGCUGUAGAUUUCUCCCAGGAGGAGUGGGAACUGCUGACCUGUGCUCAGAGAGCCCUAUACAGAGACGUGAUGUUGGAGAACUACAGGAACCUGGUGUCGCUGGGACUUUGUUUCUCUAAGCCCGAUAUGAUCUACUCAUUAGAACAAAGGGAAGAGCCCUGGAUGGCCAAGAGAAAGGUGACCAGAGGCCCAUGUCCAGACUGGCAGGCUCUGCCGGGGGCCACGGAAUCACCUGCAGAGGGGGCUGUGUGUGAAGCCCCAUGGUCUGAGGCAAUGCUGAUGGAGAAACUUGCCAGCUGCCAUGUGCAGUGCUCCAUAUUAAGGGAACGCUGGGAUUAUGAGGCUGUGUUUGAGAGGCAGCUGGGCUUGGUGACCAUCGUGAACAUGGCCAGUGACUUCUCCCAGCAGCUAGAUCCAUCUCCAGAGAGUUUCCAUAAGAAUAUGACGUGGGAGACCCGUGACCUGGAGGCAGCAGGAUGCUGUGUUUCUAGGCCAGAUGUGGUGUCUGUACUGGACCAAGGGAAGGAGCCCUGGCUGGUGAAGAGAGAGUUCACAGGCCUGCUUUCAGGCCACCAAUCUGUACAUGAGACCCAGGAAUUAUUCCCAAAGCAGGAUUUAUUUGCUGAAGUGGUAACAGACAGAACUUUAUGCACUAAUGUGGAGUGUUCCACUGUCAAAGAAAAUUGGGAUUCUCAGGGUGUGUUUGAAAGGAAGCUGGUAGGUCAGGAGACACAAUACAGGGAAGAGACAGUCACUAACAAAACCCUCUCUAAAGAAAGAGAGCAUACAUAUACCAAACCUAGAAGAUGGUUCCCUUUGGACGUUUCAGAAGAGAGAAUUCAGAAUCAUGAUUCAGUUAAGAAAAGUUUCCCCCAAAAUACAGUCAUAACAAAACGUACAGGAAUCUAUGCAGGAAAAAAACUUUUCAAAUGUAAUGAAUGUAAGAAAACUUUCACCCAGAGCUCAUCUCUUACUGUUCAUCAGAGAAUUCAUACAGGGGAGAAACCCUAUAAAUGUAAUGAGUGUGGAAAGGCCUUCAGCGAUGGCUCCUCCUUUGCGCGACAUCAGAGAUGUCACACUGGCAAGAAGCCCUAUGAAUGUGUUGAAUGUGGGAAAGCCUUCAUACAGAACACAUCCCUUAUUCGUCACUGGAGAUAUUAUCACACUGGAGAGAAACCCUUUGAAUGCAUCAACUGUGGGAAAGCCUUCAGUGAUCACAUAGGACUUAACCAACAUAGGAGAAUUCAUACUGGAGAGAAACCCUACAAAUGUGAUGUGUGUGACAAAUCCUUUAGAUACGGCUCAUCCCUUACUGUUCAUCAAAGGAUUCAUACUGGAGAGAAACCAUAUGAAUGUGAUGUUUGUAGAAAAGCCUUCAGCCAUCAUGCAUCUCUCACUCAACAUCAAAGAGUGCAUUCUGGAGAGAAGCCUUUUAAGUGCAAAGAAUGUGGGAAAGCUUUUAGGCAAAAUAUACACCUUGCUAGUCAUUUGAGAAUUCACACUGGAGAGAAACCCUUUGAAUGUGCAGAAUGUGGCAAAUCCUUCAGCAUCAGUUCCCAACUAGCCACUCACCAGAGAAUUCAUACUGGAGAGAAGCCCUAUGAAUGCAAGGUUUGUAGUAAAGCCUUUACCCAAAAGGCUCACCUUGCACAGCAUCAGAAAACUCACACGGGAGAGAAACCAUAUGAGUGUAAGGAAUGUGGGAAAUCCUUCAGCCAGACCACACACCUUAUUCAACAUCAGAGAGUUCAUACUGGAGAGAAGCCCUAUAAAUGUAUUGAGUGUGGGAAGGCCUUUGGUGAUAACUCAUCCUGUACUCAACAUCAGCGACUUCACACAGGCCAACGGCCUUAUGAAUGUAUUGAAUGUGGAAAGGCAUUUAAAACAAAAUCAUCCCUUAUUUGUCAUCGCAGAAGUCACACUGGAGAGAAGCCUUAUGAGUGUAGUGCGUGUGGCAAAGCCUUUAGCCAUCGUCACAAAAUCUCAACCCUUAUUCUUCAUCAAAGAGUUCAUACUGGAGAGAAACCCUAUGAAUGUAUUGAAUGUGGAAAAGCCUUUAGCCAGAGUGCCCACCUUGCUCAGCAUCAGAGAAUACACACGGGAGAAAAACCCUUUGAAUGUACUGAAUGUGGGAAGGCCUUCAGCCAGAAUGCUCAUCUUAUCCAACAUCAGAGAGUUCACACUGGAGAGAAGCCAUAUCAGUGUCGUCAGUGCACUAAAGCCUUCAGCCAGCUUGCACACCUUGCUCAACAUCAGAGGGUCCACACUGGAGAGAAACCCUAUGAAUGUGUUGAAUGUGGAAAGGCCUUCACAGAUCAUAUAGGACUUAUUCAGCAUAAGAGAAUCCACACUGGAGAGAGACCUUAUAAAUGCCAUGUGUGUGGGAAGGCUUUUAGCCACGGCUCAUCCCUGACCGUGCAUCAGAGAAUUCACACAGGAGAGAAGCCUUACGAAUGUGCACUCUGUGAAAAAGCCUUCAGCCACCGUGGCUCUCUUACUCUGCAUCAAAGAGUUCACACUGGAGAGAAACCCUAUGAAUGCAAGGACUGUGGCAAAGCCUUUCGGCAGAGCACACACCUUGCUCAUCAUCAGAGAGUUCACACUGGGGAGAAACCUUAUGAAUGUAAGGAGUGCAGCAAAACCUUCACCCAGAAUGCACAUCUUGCUCAGCAUCAGAAAAUACACACUGGAGAGAAACCUUACGAAUGUAAGGAAUGCGGUAAGGCCUUCAGUCAAAUCGCGCACCUUGUUCAACACCAGCGGGUUCAUACUGGUGAGAAGCCUUAUGAGUGCAUUGAGUGUGGAAAGGCCUUUGGUGAUGGCUCCUAUCUUGUUCAACAUCAGAGACUCCACACUGGAAAAAGACCAUACGAAUGCCUCGAAUGUGGAAAGGCGUUCAGGCAGAGGGCAUCCCUGAUUUGUCACCAAAGAUGUCAUACAGGAGAGAAACCUUAUGAAUGUAACAUAUGUGGGAAAGCCUUUAGCCAUCGUAAAUCCCUUAUCCUUCAUCAAAGAAUUCAUACAGGAGAAAAACCUUAUGAGUGCCAGGAAUGCAGCAAAGCCUUCAGCCAGAUUGCCCAUCUUACACUGCAUCAGAGAAUCCAUACCGGAGAAAGGCCCUAUGAAUGUAAAGCAUGUGGAAAAGCCUUCAGGCAGAGUGUACAUCUAGCUCAUCAUCAGCGAGUCCACACUGGAGAGUCAUCCUCAAUUCUUCCCUCCUCCUCACCCCCAUACCACCAAGUCCUCUAGAUUCAAUCUCCAAACACCUCUAGAAUCCAUCCACUUUUUCUCAAUCCAUGUCCCAUCAUCAUAGCCCAAGACUGUUGCAAUAGCAUUACUGCCGUUUUCCCUUUUGCUGUCCUCAAGUGCAUAAUUUAAACUGUAGCUAGCUUAAUCUCUUAAAAGUAAAAAUUUGUAUUCAUGUUACUUUUCAAUACAAAACACAUUUUGAAGACUGUGUUAAAUAAUCCAUUUACUCAUUAGAAUAUAAUUAGUGCCAUUAAGGUUAGGGUUCGUUGCCUAACAGUCAUGUUCAGCCACAAGUAAAACGAAACCAGUAGCUUAGGAUUAAGAAACCUGCACAUUUUACAGCAGACAGAGGACUCUUUACUCUGCUGCAGGUAUGAAAGACAAACAAAUUCUGAAUCGAAAGAUUCUGAAACACCAGUACCCUGGUGGCUCAGUGCUCCCUCUGCGUGAAUAAAUAUGAGGACACAUAGCAUUGUUGAUGAGGAACUCUCUUCACCUGACACUUAAGUGAAAAUAGGCCAAUUAGGACAAAAGCAUUUGGUAGAAUGUAGGACUAGCCAGGGACAGUAUUAAAAAAAACCUCAAAUAAGCUAGAAAACAAAUAGAUUUAUAGCCAUGAAAUAAACUGAAAAAGGUAGUUAACACCUUGACCUGUAGAAAUAUACCAUAGACAAUUUCUGAGAUACUUAUAUUGUUCUAGAGUGUAAAAUAAAGCUUCCCAUCUUGUUGUGUGAAACUAAAGACUGAUAGCAAAACAAAACAUACACUGUAAAUAGCCUAUAAAUGUACAUGUUAAAACAUAGUUAAACUUAUUUCAGAAGUAGAUAUGUGUCUAUAGAAAGACUCAGUCUGGCCAGAGAUGUAAAUUCAUUGAUGUUCCAAUAAAAAUCCCAUAUAUAUAUAUCUUUAACUUAUUUUUUAAAUUUUAUUUAUUUAUUUUUAGAGAGGGGAAGGGAGGGAGAAAGAGAAGCAUCAA